GAUUAGUGUAACAACAGUUUGUUUACGCCGGAAGUAAAAAUACUAGCAGUGAGGAAACCUUGCUCGUGUUUUUGCCAAUUAUGCCACGUGAAUUGGCCUACUUCUGGCAACUAAUUAAUACAAACUAUAUUCCAGUGAAUUUUUAGGAUGUUGGUCGGAUACAGCAGCAGCUCGGAGGAUGACGGUGAGGCUGGAAGCGAAGCGGAAGCGACAAAAACACGGAGGCGAAGUUCCCAAAAGUCUGUGAAUAAUGAAGAUGAGAGUAGCGUGGAUUUUCCAACAAAGAAAAAAGCUAAAUUAAAAGACCUGGCACUCAAAACAAGGCUUCCUGUCCCUGGGUGCCUCCUGGACAUGUUUCCUGAUGAAGAUGCUCCACAGACAGAAGACAGCUCACUUCACGGUGGACGCAUCCGCUCCUUCAAGCACGAGAGAGGAAACUGGGCCACUUAUGUGUAUUUUCCCUACCAUCCGGAGGAGGAGUUUGAGAGCUUGAUGGAGGAGCUUCUGUUGUUGUCACAGACUCGGGGUCUUGUUCUGACUCUGCAAGAGGAGUUCCACCUCAGCCUGUCUCAGACAGUAGUGCUCAGACACCACUGGAUCCAACCAUUCGCACAGAGCCUUAGGAGAAGUCUGUCCCACUGCAAAAGGUUCUUGUGUUCUGCUGAACGACUGAAGGUCUAUUGUAACGCUGAGAAGACGAGGACAUUCCUGGGAAUGGAAGUGUCUCCUGGGCAUGCUCAGUUGCUGGAUAUCAUCCAAGCUGUUGACAAAACAAUGACCGAGUUUCAGCUGGAAACUUUUUACAAGGAUCCGUCUUUCCACGUGAGUCUGGCCUGGUGUGUCGGAGAUCAGACGGAGAAAAUGAAGCAGAUUUUACAGGAGCUGCAGAGUUUAGUGGACAACCGAGAAGACGGAGCGUCUUCCCUGAUCUUGGACUGUGCGGAAGCUCGCUGUAGGACGGGAAACAAGACGUUUCGUUUCCCCCUGGAGGCGUGACACAGAAACGUUUUGGUUUUGGUGAUUUUAAACGCAGAUGAAGACUCCACAGAUGUUUGAGGUGACAACCAAAUCAACCACCCGACGAGGGAAUAAACAGACAUUAGAAACUAUUUUUAUAUUAUUUAAAAAUGAUGUCCUGAUUAAAGCUGACACUUGUUUUCUA